AUGGCAAGUCAGCAGCCAAAUCGAAAAGGCGGCACGCGAACCGGGAGACGGCAAGCAAAUUGGAAGGCGGCAGGCGAAUGGGAAGGCCAGCAGGCGAAUCCCCUUAUUUCGCUGGCUUCACGUAUUCGCAACAAACCUUUGGUAUUGCGACGACCAUUGCCGACGUAUUCGGAUAUCAGCCAGUGGAUGGAAUCAUGGGGCUUGGCUGGCCAGCGUUAG